AUCGGCCCCACUUCUUUCCUUUUCUCCUUACCUUCUUUUGACUUCCUUCUUCCCCCAUUUAUAAUCCCUCUUUACAUUUGAAUCACACCGGUGACUACCUGCCGGCGAUGAUGGUGGCUUGCUAGUCCCGUUGUCAAUUGGCUUUGCAGUUGCUGAUGAAAUUCAAGUGAUUUCACUUUGUUGUACAGAAAAAAAGGGGGAAAAAGAAUGGAUGGCGUUGAUCGGUUCCGGCGACGGAGGACACUCCAAGAGCGGCUAGGAGUAGGACUAGUUUGUUGUGGGUCCACUUGGGACAUCGAACCCUCCACCAUGGGCGUCAGAGACGGCGACGACGAUGACGAAGACGACGAGGCCAGCGUCGGCGAUGAUCCAGUUGACCUACCAAAUCAGCUAACAGAUGAAAUUCAAACCCCACUGGAGUCGAAUUCAAAUCCUGACUGCGUUCUACCGUCGCCACGUAUGAGUCUCGCCGACGUGUUGGAAGCCGAACGGCAGUCUCGACCUACCACCGUGGCAGCUGAUGGUGGCGACUCGUUGACUUCUGGCAACGAUAACGACGUUAGGCUGACAACAACCAUACCGGUGACGCCGGCGAGGGUGUCGUUGAUGAGAUUACUUGAGGAAACGGACGAUCACGAUGAAAAGGAAGGAGGGGGGAUGGAUCCUGUGUGUUGCGUGUGUAUGAGAAGGAAGAAGGGUGCAGCAUUCAUACCGUGUGGACACACAUUCUGUAGGGUGUGUUCGAGGGAGUUAUGGUUGAAUCGAGGUUCGUGUCCACUUUGUAACCGUUCGAUUCUCGAAAUCCUUGACAUAUAUUAAACUCAAAUUUCAAUAUUAUGCUCGGAUAUUAUCGAUGGUUUGUAUCA